AUGAUUCUGAAAAGGAUUGAUAAUCUGAUUUCAAGUCCUUGCAAUAGGCUGGCGGCGGUAUCUUUCAUUGCUGCCUUCAGUUCAAAUUCUCAGCCUCAAGUCGAAACAAUCGCCAGAAUCAUAAACGACCAUCCAUUUCCAGAACAGCAAUUGCUCCCAACUUUCAGAGCCCACCUCCCACCUUCUCUCAUCUCCACAACCUUCGUGGAGAAUGUUCUCGGCCGUCUCUUUGCUGCACAUUCCAAUGGACUCAAGGCCCUGGAGCUCUUCAGGUUCGCCCUCCGCCAUCCCCAUUUCGUCCCAAGCUCCGAUGCAUUCGAGAAGACUCUCCAUAUCCUUGUGAGGAUGCGGUACUUCGAGAAAGCGUGGGAAUUGAUGGAGGAAAUUGGGAAAUCGCACCCUUCUUUGCUCACCACCAAAUCCAUGAGCAUCAUGCUGUCCAAGAUUGCCAAGUUUCAAUCUUUCGAUGAAACGCUCGAUGCUUUCGAGAGGAUGGAGAGGGUUUUUGAAGGCAGAAGUUUCGGGAUCGAAGAGUUUAAUGUCCUCCUUCGAGCCUUCUGCACCCAGAGAGAGAUGAAGGAAGCAAGGUCGGUUUUUGUGAAGUUUCAUGAUAGAUUCAAGCCUAAUACCAAGACCAUGAAUGUAUUGCUAUUAGGGUUUAAGGAAUCAGGGGAUAUUAGUGCCAUGGAACUCUUCUACCAUGAGAUGACUCGAAGAGGGUUUAAGCCGACUAGUUUUACUUACAGUGUCCGAAUCGAUGCAUACUGUAAAAAAGGUUGCUUCAGCGAUGCACUACGAAUCUUUGAAGAGAUGCAGAAGGCAGGAUUUCCACCGACGUUGGAAGUAUUCACCACGUUGAUCCACGGAGCAGGAAUUGUUCGUAAUGUGCUCAAGGCAAGGGAACUAUUCGAUGAGAUGCGUGAGAGAAACUUGCAGCCUGAUGUUGGAGCUUAUAAUGCAUUGAUCAGCACAUUCAUCAAGUGUAGAGAAUUGAAACCGGCCAUUACACUAAUGGAAGAGAUGGAGGAAAACCAUCUAGCCAUCGACAAUGUGACCUACCACACGUUAUUUGUAGGGUCCAUGAACUCGAGUGGCAUUGAAGGAGUUUACGAGCUGUACCAGAAGAUGAUCGACAGGAAGUUUGUGCCUAAAGCAAGAACGUCUGUCAUGCUGAUGAAGUUCUUCUGUGUGAAUGGGCGAGUCGAUUUGGGGAUCGAGUUAUGGGGUUACUUAAUGGAGAACGGUCAUUGUCCUCACGGCCAUGCGCUGGAUAUUUUGGUUACAGGGUUAUGCUCACGAGGGAAGUUGGAGGAAGCUUUGAAUUGUUGUAUGCAGUUUGUCGAGAAAGGGAUGAGGUUGAGCGACUCGGUGUAUAGAAUGCUGAGGAAGUUCUUAGAGCAGUCUGCUGAUAAGGCUGAUGAGUGGAAGGAGCUCAAUCGGAUGAUAAAGAAGCUUGAAGGCUUCUUACCGCCUUCAAAGGGUCAUGCUAUUGGUAAUCUUUCGAUAGAGUGA